AUGGGCCAUCUUUUCUACUCAUUUUUCAAGACAUUGGUCGGUCAACCCGUGACGGUCGAGCUCAAGAACGACCUGGCCAUUACAGGAGUCCUCGUCUCUGUCGAUCAGUUCCUCAACAUCAAACUCGAUAACAUCAAAGUCGUCGACGAAGAGCGCUACCCACACAUGCUCGCGGUGAAGAACUGCUUUAUUCGUGGAUCGGUCGUUCGUUAUGUCCAGUUGCCCGCUCCAUCAGUCGACACAGCACUUUUGCAGGACGCCGCUCGACGCGAAAGGCAACAGCCCGCUACAGGCGCCCGGAAGUGA